AUGCCUUGGGCCUGUCCAGAGAAGGGAAUACCCCCAGCUUAUCUUCGCGUCACUGCCGACCUGCCCGUCUCCACCAUUCAUACGAUCCUCGGCCCGCUAGAGUGCGCUUCUCAAUUCUGUAACAAGCCAGCGCUCAGUGAUUCCUUGCCAUUUGGUGUCUCGGGUUGUGGUUGUGCACGCGCGGGAUGGUCUGUUUACCCCGCGGUAUCAACGAAAAGACCUCAAGGUGCGCCUACGACCAACCGCAACCUUUCCGCUGAUGUUAACAUAUCACCUGGACUCCUACGAGUCUUGACAGGCUCUGUAUCAGUACUUUCAUUGCAAUAUGAUAUGGUAUCAGUCAGGCAUGUUGAACUUAUUUUCGUGUAUCAUACACUAAUGGCUCUCCAAUUACGGUGUCCCAUCCGUACGUCGUCCGCGGCUAUCGCCCCAAGAAUUGCGGCGUAUCCAGGGCGCUUGGAAAGCGACUUUCCCAGUCUGUCGGUUGUUGUAGCAACACGACAGCCGUACCUGAGGACUUCCCGUUCGUCGGAGAGUCCUAUAUUAGACACGCAUGUUACCAUCGCUUCAGCUAGAUGUCAAGACUUCGAUUAUCAUCGAGAGACUGACAGCCGGAUGCAGAAGCGCGUGCUUUGCAUGAUUGACAGCAAUGCCGCUCGACCCCGCGGGGCAUGUCGACCCUUCGAAUCUUUCUCUGCUGGAUCAAGGUCUAGUGUAUGUUCGGUGCCUCAACAUCUUCCGAUGCUUGCUCUUUUAUUUGCGUUAGCCUUUAGGAAAAACCUCAGUGACCCCACUGUGUCGGGAGACGCCCGGCUAUCAAGACUCUGGGAUGGCGCCGCUACCGAGGCUAGAGAUCCCACCAUUGGAACAGGACGCGGCCUAAAUGUCGCGCCAGAGGAUGAAAUUUCCAACCCAGUGGUCCGGAAUGUCGGCCCGCGCUGCGCAUUGCGCAACACGCGGACGCUUCUCUCUUCUGACACCGGUUACAAUGCCCAAUAUAUUGCAUCGCAAGCACGUAAUGCAUUCAGCGCAUCCGCCUUUCUAUAG